GAUUGUCAAGUGUUUCUACAAUUGGGCGGCGCAUAGUCCAGCAGGUAGGGAUUUGAUUGACCGUCUGCUGCCGGGGAUCAGAGAGCGUUGCCACUGCUCCGGGCCAUCCGAGGCAGAGUUGAUUCUUGCUCGCAGCCUUCAGUGGCCAGUGUGGUUUAAUCGCAUCAGCGCAGUUUCUCGAGGUCCUACAAGCUGGGCUCUUUGCAAGAUUUUUUCUCUCCAAGCGAUUACCUUGCGGGAAACUAAUACGGAGCUGCGUGUUGCUUUCCCCUGAGCCAUUAGGAUAUUAAAUCGGAAGAAUCCCCAUGGAUGCAAUGAAAUUAACACUCUGGUUCCUGGUGGCUGUCGCUGUAAACGACGAUGUGCUCUCACAAGAAGUGCGGCUGGAGAUGCCAAGCACCAAGCGGGUCUCCAUUGGCGAUAGAGUUGUCUUAACCAGUCUGAUUAUCACUGCCUCGUCAGAUAUAAACGUCACGUUUGUCAGUUGGAGGAAAGAGAACAGCGGAACGAUGUUAAUUUACCAGGACAACAAAAUUAUAGCAAAGCCUGACUAUCGUAACCGUGUUGGUUUCCUGCAUUCGAAGCUAAACAGAGACGUGUCUAUAUAUAUCAACAACACCACUUUAGCUGAUACAGCUCGCUAUUCUUGCAUGAUAGUUACUACAAAUCCUGAUGACUUGAAAGAGAAAGCAACCAAUCUGUCCGUGCUGGUUCCACCCUCAACACCAAAAUGCAACAUGUACGGGACUCAGAUUAUUGGGCAUAACGUGACUCUGACCUGCCGCUCGACACGGGGAAAACCAGUCCCUACCUAUACCUGGCAACGCAAUACCCUCAAGCCGCAGUUUUUUAACUUCCCAGCCCACAACUCUCAAAUGGGAACUCUGAUACUGAAGAACCUCACCAAGGAGAUGUCUGGAUUAUACAUUUGCAGGUCCAUAAAUUCAAUAGGGAAUGCAUCAUGCUCAAUACAGAUGGAUGUGACAACUUCAAAUAAUGCAGGAUUCUUCGCUGGGGCUAUUAUUGGGGCAUUCUUGGGGAUAUGUUUGCUGGUCGCUAUCAUUGGCUUCUUCUGCAUCUAUCAAAGGAAGAGAAAAUUUGAAAAGGAGGAGGAUCUGGCUAAUGAGAUAAAAGAGGAUUCUCAGGCACCAGUGGGAAACGUAUGGAUGAAGAAUGGGAGCUCUGACAUCAUCUCCAAAAAUGGCACCCUGUCUUCAGUGAAUAGCACAAUGCGCGCCUACAAGCCGUAUCCCGCCAAGCCACCGUCGGACACUGCGUCAACUAUCACCGCAAUGAACGUCAGUCGCGCCGGAAGUGGCAAACGUCCAAAAAGUGCCCAAAGACCAGCUACUGCACCGACUGUCAACACUCACCACUCUAGUCCUUCCCCCAAGUGGCAGAACAGAGCCCAGCAGCAGACACCGGAACAGGAGCCCACGUUGCCCCCAAUGUCCUCAUCAAAUCUUGCCAGGAUGGGGGCGGUGCCAGUCAUGGUGCCAGCUCAGAGUCAAUUCGGAUCACUGGUGUAGGGGCACCUUGGCAGUAUCAUGGCACGAGAUUCUCCAGUGAUUUUCCUCAUGUUACCAAACAAUAGGCUUCGGAUGCAACCUAUUUAUGGUUGCAGUGCAACAUUGUAAACAAUUACCUGAAGUCUCGUAAACCUCGUUUUAAAACAUUUUACAGCUAGAAAUCUAAAGAAGCCAGAAGUAAAACAUUUAGUGGAUUGAUGAGCUGAGAACUAUUUCUACCUUGGUAUCCCACUAACAUUUCAAACAUACUACUUUCUCCAGACUGAAUCCUUAUAAUCCUAGCUCUACUUCUGGCUGUUCUCAUCUUGACACCAAACUAACGUUCCUCAAGCACUUCAAUUCACCAUAUGGCUUGUUUUAAAGGUUAUUCAUUCAAUUUUAGUUAUACCCAUAAAAAGUACUGAGAAUCACACUUGCUAAUCCCCACUGAAGAGGAAUUCAGACAUGACUACUGACUCGCAUCACAAUGUAUCAUUUUUCUGGGCAGUUUACAUUUUCCUCUUUGUAGCUUUUAUCCCCCAGCUCUAUAAUAUGAGAUAACAGCAUGACAACAUAAUCUAAUGCUUUUGUCAGCAUCACUUCACCUUUUAGGUUGAAUCAUCCUUGCAUACAGAAGAUUAUGAUGAUCAGAUCAAAGCAAUUAAAAUAAAAUAAUUGAGGACCCAACAGUACAGAAAAAGCAAACACUAUUUCCUUCAGCAGAAAUUGAUACCAAAGCAAUGUAAUCACAACACUGGAGCCAAAUGAGUAUGCUCUCUAACUCACGAGAGUGUAUGAAUUAUGAAAUUACCUCACUCAGAAGGCUGGACAAUAAAUGCAAUUGAUCUUGUGGUAGAUUUUUGUUGCACGGUCAAGUAUGGGGCAGAUCGAACUGAACACCAGAGCCCCCUGAGAGUUGAAUGAGCUACUGUUCUCACUCAUGAUGUUUGCCAUUCGUACGUGGGGAAUAGGCUGCAUCAAUUACAGUUGGCUGCCAACAGAGAGAAAUCCAAACUUGGCGAAUUGGUGCAUGAGAGGGAACAAAGGACGUUGACAUCAGUACGGGAAAGACUUGGAAUGAAGGGGAUCAUUGGUUAUGCUUCAUCUUGUGGCCUAUGACUGCCACCUUGAUCCAAUUACAUUUUCAUAAAUGUUUUCAGCUUCCCUAUACUACACGUCGACACAAGGAACUGCUGUUGCUGGAAUCUUACGUAGAACACAAACUGCUGGAGUAACUCAGUGGGGUCAGGCAGCGUCUCAGGAGGUCGUGGAUAGGUGACAUUUUGGGUCGGGAAAGUUCCACAGAUCAUCCGUAUGUUGGAGACAAAUCAAUAGGCUUUUAAUACACGAGUGUGUAUUAUUCAUGAAAUGCCUCACUCUAACGUGAAGAAGGAUCCUAACCUUUCUAGAUGAUGCCUGACCCACUUAGUUACUCCAGUACCUUGUGUUCCCUGUGGUAAAUGCUAGAACUAUAUUAUCUGGUAUAAGCAGAGUGUAUCCUGAGGACAUACAAGAGCCGGAAAGCUGGAAUGUCUGCAGAGCUGCUGUUGCCAGGACUCGAGGGCCUGAGCUAUAGGAGAGGCUGAUGAGGAGUGAUCAUCUAGAGAUGUGCAAAAUCAUAAGAGGAAUAGAUAGGGUAAAUAUAUACAAUCUUUUACCCAGAGUGGGGGAAUCAAGAACCAGAGGACAUAGGUUUAAGACAAGGGGGGGUGGGGGAGAUUUAAUAGCAACCUGAGGGGCAACUUUUUUACACAACGGGCGGUAGGUAUAAGGAAUGAGCUGCCAGGGGAGGUAGUUGAGGCAGGUACUAUCAUAACAUUUAAGAAACAUAUGGACAGGUGCAUGGAUAGGCUAGGUUUACCGUGAUAAGGGCCAAAUGCAGCUAGGUGGGACUCUUGUAGAUGGGGCAUGUUGGUCGGCAUGGGCAAGUUGGGCUGAAGGGCCUGUCUCUCUGACUCUUAAGAGGCCAGUUUUCCUAGCAUCACAAAGUAUUCCGAGAUGUUUGGAAUCGCAGAUUGUUUAUCUGCCAUUAUUCAUGAAAUGCAGUGACAAACAGUUAAAGAUAUAACAGACAAUUAUCCAUGAGUAUUCCAGUGGUACAAUUGGCAAGAUAUUAAACACCAUCCAUGAAUGAACCAAGAAAUAGAUAGAAGGGAGAAAACAAAACUUGAGAGUAAACUAAUUAGGAACAAAAUGGGCUUGUUCAUAAAAAGAAAGUGAUUAACACAAGCUAGCAUGAAUACGGCAGAGGCUGUAAACAUUAUAAUAAGGGAUAAAGAAAUGGCAGAAAAAUUAAAACAAAUAUUUUGCAUUCAUUUUAACUGUAGAAGACGUGGAAGAUAUAUAGUGUGGGGAAUCACAAGUUUGACAAGGCUGAGCAAUAAAAGAUAAUACAUUUAAGAAAAUAAAUAUAUUCCAGGAAUUAAUCAUAAUUAAACCUAACAAACCAUUGGUCCUGAUGACUUACAUCAAGGGUUUUAAGUACACAGAGAGCAGAUGCAUUCAUUUUACUUCACCAUAAUUCCCCAGAGUCUUAAUUGGCUCUCAUGAAUUGGAAGACAGCAAAUAUUCAAGAAAGGAUGGAAAGCAAAAAUGGGGAAUUAUAAACCAUCGACAUCAAUGUGGAGUAAAUAGCAAUACCAGAAAGCAUUAUUAGGAUGAGUAAAGGAGCACUUAGGAAAUCAAUGUUAUUAUUCGGAAUGAACGCAAUAUUUUGAAAAGGUAAUUGUGUUUCCCAAAUCUAUUCAUUCUUUGAGGAAGAAACUAGCAAGGUACAUUAAGUAGAUUUUCAGAACGUACUUUGUUAAUGUGCCAAUAAUUGGUUACUACACAAUACUCAUGGGAUCCAGGUAGCAAAUAAACAUGAAGAAGCAAGAAACAGCAAAUGCUGGUUUACCAAGGAAAGACAAAAUCUUGUGCUGGAUUAGCUGGGCGGCACGGUGGCGCAGCGGUAGAGCUGCUGCCUUACAGCACUUGCAGCACUGGGGACCUGGGUUCGAUUCUGACUACGAGUGCUGUCUGUACAGAGUAUGUAAGUUCUCCCCGUGACCGUGUGGGUUUUCUCCGAGAUCUUCGGUUUCCUCCCACGCACCAAGGUUUGGUAGGUUGAUUGGCAUGGUAUAAGUGUCAAUUGGCGCUAGUGUGUGUAGGAUAGCGUUAAUGCUAUUGGUGGGCCGAAGGGCCUGUUUCCGCGCUGAAUCUCUAAACUAAACUAAACCAAAUCUGAUCAGUCUGAAGAAGGGUCACCCAUUCCUUCUCUCCAGAGAUCCUGCCUGAGUUACUCCAGCAUUUUGUGUCUAUAAACUAAACUAAACUCAGGCAGGCAACAUCUCUAGAGAACAUGGAUGUUGGGUUGGGACCAUUCUUCAAAAUGCAUGUAUAAACAUGGAUUGGUUAAGAAUAAGGGUAAAAGGGUAAUUUAAAAUAGAGCAAUGUGAAAGUAGCUGAUUUCCUCAUAGAUCGAUCCUUGAGCCUAAACCAGACAGAAUAAUUAAGUGAAACCAACUAUAAUACUGUAUAGAAGGUAGAAAGUAACUGGAGUAACUCAGUGGGACAGGCAGCAUCUCUGGAGAGAAGGAAUGGUUGACGAAAGGUGCUGCCCAUCCCGCUGAGUUACUCCAGCUUUUUGUGUCUAAACCAGCAUCUGCAGUUCUUUCCUACACACAUAAUAUAGAAGGUUUGUACAUGAUACAAGGCUAGUUGGAUAAAUAAACGUUGUUGAGAUUAGUAAGUAUUGUGUGUUUCAGAUCCAUUUUGAAUCCUUUACCUGAAGCAUAAAACUUGAAGGUGUCACAAGCAACUAGGAAGGCAAAUAGUAUACAGGAGUUUCCUUAUGUUCCUGAAACUCGAUCAUAAGUCAAUACUGACACACAAAACCCUGUCCACACUACUCCCACUUAUAUUGCUGGGACCCACCUCCCUUGCAAUAGAUAACAAUGUCCUGCUCACAUUGUUUCUGCUGCUGCCUCCUCUUCUUAUGAAGCAUGUUUUUUUUUUACACACCAAAAUAUCACCUAUUCCUUUUCAACAAUGCAAGGCACAUGUUAACUGAAGAGUUUAGCUUAAGGAUAGUCUUGGGGUAAGGGACUGGACAUUUGAGGCUUGGGUGAGUGGACAUCUUUUCACAGAGUUUCACAUAUCAUCAGUCUGAAGAAGGGUCUCGACCCGAAACGUCACCCAUUCCUUCUAUCCAGAGGUGCUGCCUGUUCUGCUGAGUUGUUCCAGCAUUUUGUGUCUACCUUCGAUUUAAACCAGCAUCUGCAGUUCUUUCCUACUCCUUCAUAUAUCAUCCGUCUCAUCCUGUUGUGUGGAUAAGGUGCCCUAACGUCUUAAGGAGAACUUAAUGGAGGUGCAUGGAAAGCCCCAGAAAUGCCUUGACCAGAUUGUAAAGAUAGACACAAAGUCGGAGUAACUCAGCAGGUCAGGAAGCAUCUCUGGAGAAAAAGGAUGGGUGAGAUUUUGGAUCGGGACACCGGUUUUGUUUGUUGAGCCAUUCCCUUUGAUCUUUGCUGUGGACAUUUUCAUUAGAUUCUAGAAAGGGCUAAUUUGAUGGGAGCAAAUAGUCAAACUGCCUAUUCCCUGAGAGCACGCUGCUUCUCUUUAUGCCAGAGCUAUAUGAUCAGAUAUUUUGGCUUUAUCAGUCGAUUAUUUGUUUAAUUUGAGACCCCCAAAUUUAGUACACCUUUCACCUACAUAGAUACAUGGAAAAUAGGUGCAGGAGUAGGCCAUUUGGCCCUUCGAGCCAGCACCGCCAUUCAAUGUGAUCAUGGCUGAUCAUCCACAAUCAGUACCCCGUUCCUGCCUUUUCCCCAUAUCCCUUGAUUCCGCUAGCCCUAAGAUCUCUAUCUAACUCUCUUUUGAAUGCAUCCAGUGAAUCGGCCUCCGCUGCCUUCUGAGGCAGUGAAUUCCACAAAUUUACAACUCUUUGGGUGAAAAUGUUUUUCCUCAUCUGUGCUACUCUCUCUUUUUACUCACCCCCACCCCACCUCCCCACCACCACAUGGACAGGUCCUUGACAUCAAACAGAAGGCAGGGUGAAGGCACUUACAAAUAAAUGGUGAUCAACGAUGCACCAGGGAGAUGAUGAUGAUGAAGAAUAUUGCUAUUAGCUUAAUGUUGCUGCUCCUCAGUUGAUCAAAAACAAGUAUCAGUUGAUGCCCAAAGCUACCAACCUGACAGAAGCCUUCCAGACUUGUGUGCUUGUGGUUAUUACCAAAAUGCAAUAAAUCCUACAACAUUCCAUUUACAAGAUUUCCAUUGGAGAAAGCUUGGGCAUUUAAGGAACAUUGCCAAGUUGAUGUUCUGAUAAUGACCAGAUAAUAUAUAGAGUGAUUUGGUCAUCUCUUUAUAUCUCCUCAGUUCUUCUUGUCGAUAUGGAUCUGAGCUCCAACUAAACUUAAGGGCGGCACGGUGGCGCAGCGGUAGAACUGCAGACCCAAGUUCGAUCCUGACUAUGGGUGCUGUCUGUAAGUAGUUUGUAUGUUCUCCCCGUGACCCCGUGGGUUUUUCUCCGAGAUCUUCAGAUUCUUCCCACACUCCAAAGACGGACAUGUUUGUAGGUUAAUUGGCUUGGUGUAUGUGCAAACUGUCCCUAGUGUGUGUAGGAUAGUGUGAAUGUGCGGGGAUCGCUGGUUGGUGGCUUGAAGGGCCUGUUGCGUUGCUGUAUCUCUAAACUACACUAAACAAAGAAGCAUCAUAAAAUACAUUUAAGUCUGAAAAUUGUUUAUUACUUAGCAUUGUGUUUUACAUGCUAUCUGAUUUGUCUUCUUAAAAUGUGACUUUAUUUUGAAUCAACAUGGAUAUUCCCAUUUCCCCUGGGGUCCGACAUUGUCUUAAACUUUUUUGUAGCCUUUUCAGUUUAAAAGAAAAGGAAAUUUAUUAAAGCCAUGAGUCAGGGUUCAGUAGAAUCUAACACAUAGGAAUUAUUUACAUUAGUUUAUCUGCAGUUGAUCAAAACUGGAUGGAGGUCCACAUUGAAAACUGCACACAAUGUGUUGGAAUUAUUUGCCUGGGUGUGGCUUGAAUUGAGUUAUUGUUGUGUAGAAAUGUCCAAUACAUUAGUUGUGGAUGACAAACACUUCGCCAUUCAUGAACGGAUAGCAUCAAAGCAUGGGAUUUUGUUGAGGGCAGGUCAUUCUCACUGUACAAUGAGAUCAUGUUGAGUAAUUAUUUGCUGAAAGCCAUUCAGAUGCCUCAUAUUUAAUUACACCUCACGACUUCUAAUCUUGAUUGAAUCCUCAAGCCUAUCAAACCUCCCUUCAGUUAGGAUGUUUACUAUUGAGGUUACUUGUGGCAUGGGAGCCAGAGUUGGGGGUAGUGGAAGAGUUGUUGAAACUAGUUACUAUGUCAAUAAUUAUUAAUAUAAGAUAAAUGAAAAGAUAUUGGUUAAUUAAGGUUACUGAAGUAACUUUGAAACCUACCAUUUUGACCUAGGAAAUUGGAGCAUAGAUUAAUGUUCAUAUUUGAAAGGUUUACAGAGAGUAUACAUCCGAUUUUAUGUGUACACAGACAGUGGACAGAGUUGUGCUCCCCUUUGAAAGAAGAUUGUACUUUUGUGUUGCCCUUGGGUUUAUCUGAACAAGCUGAAUUUAUGAUGAUAGAACUUUGUGAAUUAUGAUGAAGAGGAACAGGAAGCUGUAUUAAUAUAAUUUUGGAGUUUUAGAGAUGCAGAAUGGAAACAGGCCCUUCAUCCCAACGAGACCACACCGACCAUCGAUCACCUGCACACUAGUUCUGACAUCUCACUUCGCAUCCUACACACUAGGGGCAAUUAAUCUUAAGGCGAGAAGCCAAUUACUCUAAAACCUGCACAUUGUUGGAAUGUGGGAGGAAACCGGAACACCCAGAGAAAACCCACAUGGUCACAGGGAGAAAGUACAUACAGCACCCGUAGUCAGAAUCAAUCCUGGGUCUCUGGUGCAGUGAAGCAGUAGCUCUACCGCUGUGUCACAGUGCUGACCUCAGCUGAAUUUGUGCACCACAGUUCUCGAUGAGAAAGUAGGAUAAUGUAAAAAGUAGUGUGAUGGAUGAUUGGGGGUCAGUGUGGACUCAGCGGGCUAUCUUUUAAUCAAUCAAACAUUUCUCUCACUCACCUUAAAACAAUGAGCUUUAACAUUUGACAUUUUCAACCUGGGUGAAAGUCUCUACCUUAUCUAUGCCUCCCAUAAUUUUAUAUACUUCUAUCAGGUCUCCCCUCAGCCUCCGAUGCUUCAAGUUCAAGUUCAAGUGAGUUUAUUGUCAUGUGUCCCUGAUAGGACAAUGAUAUUCUUGCUUUGCUUCAGCACAACAGAACACAGUAGGCAUUGACUACAAAACACAUGAAUAAAAAAACUGAUAAAGUGCAAAUAACAGAUAAUGGGCUAUUAAUGUUCAGAGUUUUGUCCGAGCCAGGUUUAAUAGCCUGAUGGCUGUGGGGAAGUAGCUAUUCCUGAACCUGGUCGUUGCAGUCUUCAGGCUCCUGUACCUUCUACCCGAAGGUAGCAGGGAGAUGAGUGUGUGGCCAGGAUGGUAUGGGUUUUUGAUGAUACUGCCAGCCUUUUUGAGGCAGCGACUGCGAUAACAAUCCAGAGAAAACAAUCCAUGUUUUUCCAACCUCUCCUUAUAAUUAAUACAGUCCAUUCCAGGCAAUGUCCUGGAGAACUCCCAACAUCAAACCCUCCACAUCCUUCCUCAUGUAUGUUGUCUCUUUACAAUGCACUGCUUGUAUUCUUUAUUCACAAUCCUGUAAAUCAGUCCAUUUAUCUAUCUACCCAAGCUAAAGAAGAGUUUCGGCCCGAAACAUCACCUAUUUCCUUCGCUCCAUAGAUGCUGCUGCACCCGCUGAGUUUCUCCAGCAUUUUUGUGUACCUCCUUUUUAAAAUAUUUGUUGAAUCUAACUCCACCAUUGCUUCAGACUGGGUAUUGCAUCAGAAAACAUUUUUAAUCUUGGCUUGGUCCUUUGCCUAAAAUUGAAUGUCCUUGUGGUAGCAGUCUUUCUGCUAAUGGAAAUAGUCUUUGCUUCAUUAAAUCAAUCAAAACCUUAAUUAUUUGUAAUCUGUCUCUUCAAUCUAUGAUUUGCCUCUUAAUAAGAAUCCUCCUUGUACACUCUCCAUCUCUGACCUUCAUCCCCAAGCCAGCCACAUAUCUGCACCAGUAUACACUUGUGGCAAAUGUAGUGACCAUCCUGUAGAAUAUUCCUCUUUAACUCCCUAUUGCCAUGAAGCAGGUUUCAGGCACCACACGACCAUAUGAGACUGCUCACUUCCAGCUUUAUCUAAGAAAGAACUGCAGAUGCUGGAAAAAUCGAAGAUAGACAAAAAAUGCUGGAGAAAUUCAGCGGGUGAGGCAGCAUCUAUGGAGAGAAGGAAUAGGCAACGUUUCGGGUCGAGACCCUUCAGUCUGGGUCUCAACAUGUCAAAAAAGGUUUCAUUUUUUGUCUACCUUCCAGCUUUAUCUAGUUACUUACUGAUUAUAACCGAUAGAGUUAAAUAUUGAGACACUUGGAACAGCAGAUGCUGGUUUACAGAAAAAGAUACAAAGUGCUGGAGUAACUCAGCGGGACUGACCCUUUGAGUUGCUACGACACCUUGUAAAUUAUUUAUCGAUAUGGGUUUCUCAACAGCCAAACAUGUGGAUUUGAAACACAGCUUAAUGAAAGAUGUCCUUAAAUGUUUGCCUUUCUGCUGCUAGAAAUUCUGAGGAUAUAAAUUACUAAAUGCAUAUAUUUUGUGGUCUGGUUUUAAAUGUCUUUUAUGUUAUACAGCUUGCAGGCAACAUUGGCUUCUGAAACUGAGUUCAACCUGAAACACAUAACACAUGAAGGAACAACUUGCUAACAGUUUGGUUUGAUUCUGACAUUGUAAUGUUCUCAAAAAAAUAAAUGGUCCAUUUUGCAUUUAUUUUUUGGGAGGGGAAGUGAUUAUGUGUCCUUGGAGGGUUUUAUAUUUUGUAAUUCUUGCUAGACAGACAAUGGAAGCUAAAUGGCCUGUAUGAUCCACCAGAAGGAUAAUCCCUAUUUGUCAGGGUAAUCCUUCUUUAACAGGAUGAAAGGCAGUUACUAGAUGUGACGCCAACAACAUGUGCUAAUGUACUUAGUAAUUAAUAUGGAAAAAAAUAAUUAUUAAUAUGUAAUGUCAUUAUCCUUGCUUGGAUAACUGAAAGGAUAAUGGGGGAGGGAUCUGGAAGUGACUGAACUACUAAUACAUUACUGGGUAUUUAAGAAAUGCUUUACAUUGAUAGUGGAUUAAAUUGUACAAAGUGCAUAAAUUCAUGUCCUAGGAACAGAAUUAGGUCAUUCGGUCCAUCAAGUCUAUCUUUCCCUCUCAACCCCAUUUUCCUGCCUUCUCCCCAUAACCUUUGACACUCUUAAUCAAGAACCUAUCAAUCUCCACUGUGAAAAUAGGCAAAGAUUUGGCCUCCACAGCCAUCCAUGCUAGUGAAUGUCCUGGGAUAUCAGGACUUUCAUAUGAAGAAAGACUGGAUAGACUCGGCUUGUACUCGCUAGAAUUUAGAAGAUUGAGGGGGGAUCUUAUAGAAACUUACAAAUUUUUAAGGGGUUGGACAGGCUAGAUGCAGGAAGAUUGUUCCCGAUGUUGGGGAAGUUCAGAACACAGUUUAAGGAUAAAGGAGAAAUCUUUUAGGACUGAGAUGAGAAAAACAUUUUUCACACAGAGAAUGGUGAAUCUCUGGAAUUCUUUGCCACAGAAUGUAGUUGAGGCCAGUUCGUUGACUAUAUUUAAGAGGGAGUUAGAUGUGGCCCUUGUGGCUAAAGAGAUCAGGGGGUAUGGAGAGAAGGCAGGUACAGGAUACUGAGUGAUGAUCAGCCAUGAUCAUAUUGAAUGGCGGUGCAGGCUGGAAGGGCCGAAUGGCCUACUCCUGCACCUAUUUUCUAUGAUUCUAAUACCACAUUUGUUCUCAUCUUCUUUUGAAUGAUGCAUCUUUUUAAUUUAAGGCUCUGCUAUCUGGUCCUAGGCUCUGCCACUCGUGGAAACAUUCUCUCCACUUUGACUUUUUACUCAUUGCAAUUAAAUAAUGUAAAACCAUGGGUGAUUUACAAGGCUACCUGCUCUGGGCCAGUGAAGCAGCCACCACCUCCCUUUGUGCUAAUAGCAACUUAAUGGAAAUGAUGUCUAUUGCCCAUAUUAGCCCAUGGUGGUCAUCUUUAAUACAAGCUAUUUAACCAAAAACUUCAUACCUUUCCUCUUCCCACAUAUUUAUGUUUCCUUUCCUUUCAGCAAGUUACCUAAGGCACAAAGCCAGACAAAAGGCAUAGUUCCCGAUUCAAUGGCUAACUUCAUUAUUGAAUAUAUUUCACAAUUACUCAAUCCUGGCACUAUUUUGAAUCUGUUACACUGAUUACCACAAAAUUGCCAUUCAAUGCAUAUGCCAGUCCAGAAGAGGUACAAGUAGGCAAGAGAAAGUCGAGUUAAAAUUCAUUUUAUUAAUGGGUGAUCUGUCCAGAGGUGCAAUGCAGAGUAACCAGAGAGGAGCAACUACUUGCAGUGAGAGACAGAAUACUCCUAAGUUCCUGAAGAAGGACUUUUAACUCAGACUUCCUCAAACUGUGUUAAUCCUGUUGCACAUCACUGUACUUUCCACAAGAUAGUUACAAUGUUUAUUAACGCCAAUUAAUUCUGUCUUUUCAUUAAAAUAGGGAAGCUAUAGUGGUGCAGCAGUAGAGUUGCUGCCUUACAGCUCCAGAGACCCGACAACGGGUGCUGUCUGUACGGAGAUUGUACAUUCUCCCUGUGACUUCUUGGGUUUUCUCUGGGUGUUCCGGUUUCCUCCCAAACUCCAAAGAUGUUCAGGUUCAGGUUCCUGAAGUGUGUGCGUGUACAGGAUUACUAGUUGGUGUGAGCUCGGUGGGCCGAAGGGCCUGUUUCUGCGCUGUAUCUUUAAAGUCUAAAAGUCUAAUGCUGUAGGACUAGAGCCUCACGUCACUGCUCUAAUAUUAUUGGUAUCUUAAACCCAGACUAAUAACACCGCCAGCAAAGCUAAUUAUGACACUGCCAGAAUCUUGUUUCUGCGAGUACAUCUGAUUCUGACAGAUCUGGAGAUUGCUUAACUAAAACCUUUACAGGAAUUUUAAUUGGAAACAAAGCAUGAGAUCUGUGCGACAGGAUAGUUUGAAAAGGGUUGAAGUAAAUUAACGACAUUGCAUUGUGCCAAGUUUCAAGAGUGAGGAAAGCCAGGAAUCAAGAACGAGGUGUUCCAAAAUUAUAAGAUGCCAAAGAAUUAUUUAUGUUCUCUGACUAAUUUUUAUUUAGCAGUCUGACUACUUUGUUAAAACUGUAUGGGUUGCCGAAUGCCAAGGUAGUGUGAUGGAGAACAGUCCCACCAAUGAUGCCAUUAGCCUGAGGUUGACCAUGCAAUAAUGACUUGUGUCCACUGUAUUCUGCUUAUACUGAUGCCACUGUUUCACAUGAUGAUGACGGUGUUCACCUAAUGCUGCAUUCAAUGAGUUUUACAACUUGCUUUUAUCAAUAGUUGUGUUUUUGGACUUGUUUUUUUAUUGAUAUUUGUAUUUCAUGGAAUGUUUUCGGCCAACCUACCUGGAAUCAAACUAUUUGAUGCUUCUUUGCUACUCUGACAUUAUCAGGCCUCUUUUGAAAUGAGUAAGAUUGAUUUGUAUCAAAAUUCAAUGGACUUCAUUUCAUGGUUGGAGUAUUUGUUCAGUCUACUGUAUAUUAAUAAACUCUGAACUAUUUGCCGAUCAGA